ACCCUCCCCGAAUGAUGCAGUCAUAUGUAACCGUGGGGUAAAAGUUCCAUCGGACCGGAACGUCGUUUCUUGUUUCUUCCGGACCGUAAUCGGGAGCGGAAGGGUUUCCGCCUGCUGGUGUCAGUAACCUGUGCAUGCAGCUGAAAGUAGCCGCUGUCAAAGGUAGCUGCAGCUCACCUCAACUGCCACCAUGGGCAUUCUGGAGAAAAUUUCAGAAAUAGAGAAAGAAAUUUCUCGGACACAGAAAAACAAAGCCACUGAGUACCAUCUGGGGUUGCUGAAGGCAAAGCUAGCCAAAUACAGAUCUCAGCUAUUGGAGCCCUCCAAGUCGGCGGGGGCCAAAGGCGAGGGAUUCGAUGUUAUGAAAUCAGGAGAUGCUCGAGUAGCUCUCAUCGGGUUUCCCUCUGUGGGUAAGUCCACUUUCCUUAGCUUGAUGACGUCCACAGCCAGUGAAGCUGCCUCCUAUGAGUUCACGACUCUCACCUGCAUACCUGGCGUGAUCGAGUACAAAGGGGCGAACAUCCAACUCUUAGAUCUGCCAGGAAUCAUUGAAGGCGCUGCUCAAGGUAAAGGAAGAGGUCGACAGGUCAUCGCUGUCGCCAGGACUGCAGAUGUUGUCAUCAUGAUGUUAGACGCCACCAAAGGAGAUGUUCAGAGAGCACUUCUUGAGAAAGAGUUGGAGUCGGUCGGCAUCAGACUCAACAGGACGAAACCAAAUAUUUAUUUCAAGCCCAAGAAAGGAGGUGGUUUGUCCUACAACUCCACAGUUCCUCUCACUCACUGCUCAGAGAAGCUCGUCCAGCUCAUCCUCCAUGAAUACAAAAUCUUUAACGCUGAAGUGCUCUUCAGGGAGGACAGCACGCCGGACGAGUUCAUCGACGUCAUCGUGGGGAACCGAGUUUACAUGCCUUGCCUUUAUGUGUACAAUAAAGUGGAUCAGAUCUCCAUUGAGGAGGUGGACCGCUUGGCACGGAGACCUCACAGUGUUGUCAUCAGUUGUGGGAUGAAGCUGAACUUGGAUUACCUUCUGGAGAGUCUGUGGGAAUACCUGGCUCUGAUUUGCAUUUACACCAAGAAAAGAGGAGAGCGUCCCGACUUCAACGAUGCCAUCAUCAUGAGAAGAGGAGCAUCUGUUGAACAUGUGUGCCAUCGAAUCCACAGAACCUUAGCCAGCCAGUUCAAAUACGCUCUCGUUUGGGGAACCAGUACCAAGUACAGCCCUCAGAGAGUGGGCCUCACACACAUCAUGGAGCACGAAGACGUCAUCCAGAUUGUUAAAAAGUAAUUUCGUGCCGCUGCUCGGACAGAUGAGUGACCUCAGGAGGGGUUACGGAUAAACUGUACUGUAGAUAUACAGCAAGGAAAUAUAGCCCCCAUCCUUAUUUUGUAUAAGAAAUCUAACAAAAACCAAUGAGCUGAAGAGACUGAUCAUAUCUUUGCUGAAUGUGGACAGGCGUUGGUGUGUUUUUCUUUUUGAUUUGUGAAAAAACAAAAGCAAGAAACUGUCUAAGAGUGAAAAUGGGGAAUAAAAUCAAUAAAGCAUUUUACAACA